CAAUUAUCCAACCCUGUAUUAGUUUCAUUAAUUGAAGUUAUUGAAAAAUGUUCUUUAACAUUUUAUCCUUGCUGGCGGUAGGCCUAUUAUGGGGUUGCACUAAUCCUUUUAUAAAAUUGGGCAGUCAGGGUAUAGAAAAAAUAAAUACCGGUUCUUCCGCCAAAAAUCUUUGGCUUGAAAUGAAAACUAUAGUUUGGCGCCUAAAGUAUUGGAUACCUUUCUUAUUAAAUCAGUCCGGCAGUGUCUUGUAUGUUUGGACUUUACAAACGUGCAACAUAACAGUGGCUGUUCCGGUGGCCAAUUCCUUGACAUUUGCAUUUACUGCGAUAACGGGUUAUAUGUUGGGUGAAAAGAUACCGGGUAAAAAUAUUAUUGUGGGCACUUUAUUAGUCUGUAUUGGUUCUUCGUUUAUGUUAUAUGACCAAGUUAUUAGAGAAACCCCUAAUUCAUUGGAAGUGCAAUAAAAAACUUAUAAAAACUAAUAAAUUAACAAACCAUUACCAUAUAAAGUUUAUUAAAAAAGAAAUGCAACUUAAUCUAUAAGGCUUUGUGGACAGCAUCUACUAAUGUCUCCAUACUAACAAUAGGUGUUUGAGGCGUUAUGCCAUGACCCAAAUUGGCUA